AUGGAAGAAACAGCGAUUCAAGCGCUGGUGAACUCGCUUCUAAUGUGCAGCGCGCUGUUCGACGGUCCAACACCGAACAUGGCCGAGCUCAAGGUGUUGGAGUACAAGGACGGCGAGAUUUGGAUGCAAACGAGGAAUUGGAACGGGUCGCUUGAGUUGUAAGUUGGAGCUGGGGUUUUUGCACAGGGUGUACCAAUUUUGUGGCCCCGAUUUGAAUUGGCUAUAACUUCUUUAAUUUUGGGCCAAAUUUUAAAAAUUCCUUUUUUCCCUGUAUCCUCAGACAUCCCCAUUUUGUUUUAAAAACUCCUGAUUCUGGCCACAACCUACAACUUUGCGGAGAAUCGGCUCAGGCCCCAGUCAACCACUCGGCCCGACUUGAGGAUGAUUUUUACGAGUGUCUUCUCUGUUUCAGAUCUCGGAUCCCGUUCAGCGGUCCAAUCUUAAUGAACGGCGCUAACCUGCAGAUGGUAGUGGAUGGAGAUAGGAUUGAACUUGGCGGCCACGUCAACACUAAAAGUGAUAUCGGAAAUACGGUGUAAGUUGCAAUUCACAUUUUAAUUUAUAUGUGACGUAUUCUAGUCAAUGCCCCGUUGCCGGCGACACAAACGGAAUCCGCAUGGUUACCCGACCAACUAUGUGCGAUAACGACUACUUCGUGUACCGAAUCAAGGACCGGCUCUAUGGAAUUGGACGACACGCCUACAGGUACACCUUCAUUUUUAGUCUCGGUGGAAGCGUGAUUGAAGAAAAGAAAAUACCCAUAGAAGGGGACGACGAUUUUGGUGUGAAUCAAGCCAAAGGCACCUAUGUGUACACAAACGACCAUGGGGACUGUAAAGAAGUCACUGUCGGUCCACUGACUACAUCCUGGGAACCCCAUUCAUGCGACGGCGAGAAGAUUACUCUGGUUGCCAAUGAAGCAUCCGGAUGGCAUCAUGUCGUAAGUUUUGGUCAAACAGUCGUUUUUUUGGGGAAAAAGUUCCUUUUUCUGGCCACAACUUAUAACUUUGCGGAAACUGGUCAGAAUUAGCCCAAAUUUAGCGUGCACGCUCAAUUCAUCGUUGUCAAUUCCCGGACAGUGGAUUUAGUUAGUGAGGUACCAUCUUUUUUACGUGCCACCUUACCCUUGAAAAACGGCUGCAGCCUGCGAUUUUACACUUUAUACGAUGAAACAUGACCGGAACUAAACUUAUUGCCUCCGGAUAUAACUAAAUGAGUCGUCAGCGCCUUCGUAGGUACUCUUAAAACUAUAGCUAUUAUAGUAAUUCAGUACCAGCUAGGUCGAAGCGUUUUUUCCUAACUUUAGUGCCCAAGCUUGGGCGCAGUUCGCAGAGUACCUUUGUUGUGGCCAGAAUAAGGAACCUUUUCCGUUUUUUGGAACGUGGUGAUUUCAGCAGUACCUCCAAGUCGUCCACAACUGCGAAUUGAACCCGACCGUUCCCCGAGACAAGCUCAAAAACGUCUAUGUCCGGUUCAUGCAUGUGUAAGUGGAAGAAUAACAUUGUUUUGAUCGCUCUUUAGACCCCCAAAGCGAACGGCGGCCCGCAGAAGAGGUCUGUUGACGGAGAGGGGAAAGGUGCUCGUCGGCCUCUCCGCCGGGUUCCUUGGAGUUGUUCUCAUCGCCUUUGUUGGUUCUGCCCCGUUCUGGGUAAGUUGUGGCUGAUGGGAUGUUUCCCGGCCUUGUUAACCACCAUUUUGGCAGCCUGUUCGAAAUAAGUUUGUGUUUUUUCAGUACAAGUGGUCGCCAUGGGGAGGCGCUUGGAGAAGAGAAAAGAAGCCCGUGCCAAAUACCGGCCUCGAAGUAAGUUGUUUGGGAGUACUUUUGUGGCGUUUUGCGAUUUUAUUUUGAGCUGUUUUCUUUCAGAAAGAUGGGUGGUCGUCGAACCGGGACCGGGAUGAUGACGCGCCGCGCGACUCGUACGGGUAAGAUUUACAUACUUUUUUUUCAUUUUACAAGGCUCAAAAGGAAGGCCAAUCAAAUGAGGCCCCCAUAAAAAGAACGAAGAGGCCUCCUUUUUGUCAUUUUUGCGAAAACUCCGAAAAGGCCCUCAAAAAUGAGAAAAAAAUCAAAACGAAGAAAUAGGAUGUGGCAUGUUAUACGAUGCAAAUUUUUUGAAUUUUCUUGUUGAAAUUGAAGUAAUCAUGUGAUUACAGUCUUGUGCAGGUGGUAUGUUAUGCACGUCGCACCCUAUUUUUUCAUUUUGAAGAAAUUUUUUCUUCGUAUAAAAUGUCAUUUGAAAUAAUUUUUUUGGUUUUUUAAUAGGGCCUCUUCGUUUUGGGGAGUCUUCAGUCGGGGCGUCAAGCCUGAGGCUAAGCCUAAGCCUGAUAUUCCUUGCAACCGGAAUUGUUCGGGCGCAAGCUGCGAAGGCGAUUUUCGAGAGUGGACCGCUUUGCGGAAGUUAUACCGGGGCGUCUUUGUUUUUGGGGCUAGACAUGCCUACCGGGCCUUGGACGCCUUGGGGGCCUGGAAAAGUAGGUCCGGCCCGUUUUAUGCCAUGUUGUUUGGGACUCCUUUGUUUGUGGGUCUUCUUCGUUCGUUUAAGGGCCUCUACGCUCUGGGAGCCUUUUCGGCCUCAAUCGCGCAGUGAGAAUAGUUUUGUUUUGCAUUUUUUGGCUUACUCGCAUUGCAUUAUAUUUUUAGCAAUGUUGACUGCAACUUGAGGAUGCGGCGGAAGUCAAUACACGACAUUCCGAAGGUCCUGGACUUGAAAGACAGCUUUAGAGACGAAGAUUUGGGAUUGCUGCUUCCGCAAACCAUCUUCGGCGGGGCUCGCUAUCGCCAUGUUGCGGCGCUGAGCCACGGCAGAAUGAGCGUCGUCCACAAAUACAGGAUGAAUGACGAAGCGUUUGUCGCCAUCAAAUUCAUGGUCGUCAGGGACGAGAUGGAAAUGGAGCGGGCCAAACAGGAGGUAGCACUGCUCGAGUUCUUUGGGGAGUGCAAAGGGUCCCACCCGAAGUGAGUUUUUGCUGAUUUUUUUUCAGUUGUUUACUAACUCAAAAAAUUCUUUUUUUUUCGAACUACGCCCGAGCUCUGAGUUCGGUUUCCAGCUAGCUCCCGAUGAUAUUUUUCAUAGGAAAAAUCGUUUUUAUUUUUGAAGAAUUGGUUUUCCCCGUUUUUAAAAAUUCCUCUUUUUUUCAGAGACUGGCACCUUGCAGUAGUGGACGAUUGGGGCCACUAUCCGAACCUGUUCUUCUACAUCAUGCUUUUCUUCGAACGCAGUAUUCAGGACGUGUUGGACGAUCUUCCAUGUUCAAACUACGGUCAGAAGCUGAACGUCUGUUAUCAAAUGCUGCAGGGGAUCCUGGAGUUGCAGCGUUUGGGAUACGCGCAUGGCGACCUGAAACCCGCGAAUUAUAUGCAGAAGAAGCUGGAUGAAAACAAGGUGGGUUUGGCGGGGGGAAUUGUGGUUGCAAAAGUGAAUACUUUGUCGCUGCCCGCUUCCGAAUUAUUUGUGCCGCCGAUCGGGGUCCGAAAAAAUGAAAAAAUUAGAUUUGCCUGUUACAUUUUUGCCAAUAGCUGGAGAGCCUAAGUUUUUUGGCCAGAUCUUUCCGAAUUUUCUUCGGAAAAAAAGUGAUUUUUUGUAGAAAUAGUCCCCUAGGUUUUUCUUGUUACCAGAAAUUGCUUCGUUUUGUCCCGAAAACAAAAUAAUGCCCAAUUUUUCAGCUUCACAUUGUCGGCUUCGGGUUUGUGAAGAAGUUCGGAGCGAAGCGUCCCGCCGGCUGUGGCACCCUCGAGUACAUGUCGCUGCCCGCUUUACGUGGCCAGGAAGUCAGCAUGGUGGACGACAUGCAGUCCUGGUUCCAAUGUUGUGUGGUGGUCCUGACGGGCGAGUUCGCCUAUUCUCGGCCAACCCCUGACGAAACCGAAGGCCUGGUCGACUUGUAUUUGAAGGCUCAGACCGAGGACGUUCCGCAGUUCCCUUCAAAGGAUGGCGAAAUCAUCGCAAAGCUCAGGGACUUGAUCUGGGACAAGCCCCCGGGCAAUACGAUCGAUAUGGCCGCGGUUUCGAAGACUAUUGAUGAGGUGAGGAUCUAUUUUUAUUUAAUUUUUAUGAAAAAAAAGAAUUUCAAUUAUUUUUUUAUUUUCAGUUCCGAGUCAAGUUGGACUUCAAGUACACGGAUCCCUGGUGGAACUCGCUCCCCACGGACAAACCAUCCAGCGCCAAAUCCCGCAAAAAGUCUGAAAUCACUCACAAGUCGAAACCAUAA